AUGACAUCUAUCGUGAAAAUUCACGCCAUCUCAGGGGUCCAUGACGAGUCCCCUCACUGCUACCUGCUGCAGAUUGACGAAUUCAAGAUUCUCCUCGAUUUAGGAUGGGACGAGUUCUUCAACCCGAAACCGAUUCGCGAGCUUUCCAGAUUAGUAUCUCAAGUAGACGUCAUCCUACUGUCGUAUCCAGAUCCGCUCCACUUGGGCGCUUUCCCACACCUGCGACACGAAAUUAAGUGUCCCGUGUAUGCCACGGUGCCUGUGUAUAAGAUGGGACAGUUGUUCAUGUACGACCUGCACGAAUCACAUAAGAGCAUGGAGGACUUCAACAUAUUCUCACUUGAUGACGUCGAUGAAGCCUUCGACAUGAUCACUCAGCUCAAAUACAACCAGACUCUGCCGUUCAAGGGCAAAGGCCAGGGUAUAAGUAUCACACCACUCCCAGCCGGCCAUAUGAUCGGAGGAACCGUGUGGCGGAUAACCAAAGACGGCGAGGAAGACAUAAUCUAUGCCGUUGAUUACAAUCAUAAAAGGGAGCGCCAUCUGAACGGUUGCGCGCUCGAAUCCAUCCAGCGUCCCUCGCUGCUCAUCACGGACGCGUUCAAUGCGAAUUACAUCCAACCACGUAGACGGAGUCGCGAUGAGAAGCUCUUGACCACGAUCAUACAGACGAUGCGAGCAGGUGGCAAUGUCCUCAUCGGAGUUGACACGGCUGGGCGGGUUCUCGAGCUUGCUCACAUGUUGGAGCAAUUAUGGAGGAAUCAAGAGUCCGGUCUCAUGGCGUACUCUUUGAUCAUGGCAAGUAAUGUCGCUGCGCAUGUGAUAGAGUUUGCGAAAUCUCAAGUCGAGUGGAUGAGCGACAAAGUGAUGCGUUCUUUCGAAGGAGCUCGAAGCAAUCCAUUCCAGUUCAAGUAUCUCAUACCUUGUCACUCACACGGAGAGAUACAAUCCGUUUCUGAGCCAAAGGUUGUCCUGGCCUCCAUGCCUGACCUCGAGUCGGGAUAUGGACGGGAUCUCUUCAUGUUAUGGGCGAGCAAUCCAAAGAACUCCGUCAUUCUGACUUCGAGAAGUUCACCGGGAACGCUGGCUAGGAAUCUCGUCGAUAAUCGGCCGAAAUUCGUGCAUCUCACAUUGAAGCAACGAGUGGCACUGGAAGCCGAUGAAUUGGAGGAGCAUGUUCGGAACGAGCGAUUGAAAAAGGAAAAAGAGACUAAAAUCGAAGAUUCUUCGGAUGAGAGCGACAUUGAGGACGAGGCUUUGGCAGCAGCAGCCGUCAUCGUCGGUGCUUCGAUCGAAGACGUUGAUAUGGCCGAGUCUGAGCAACAGCAGCAGCACCACCACCAGGAUCACACCAAGCGUCCGAGACUAAGUGGCAGCAGCGGCGAUUUGACGGAGCGCCAGUCGUUCUUCCAGAAACCCACGAAAAAAUCGCACCUGAUGUUCCCCCUGAAAGAAGAGAAACUCAAAUGGGAUGAAUAUGGGGAAAUCAUAAACACGGACAUGUUCUCGAACAUGGGACUCAACGCGCCAGGGGACAUUCUUGAGCCUUCAGUGCUGGGUCAGCAGCAACAACAGCAUGUUUCGGACCGCAAAGACGACGCGAAGAAGGAGCAAGUGACUGAACAAGCAGAGAUUCCAACGAAGUGCAUAGCGAAAGAAGUCACGAUACAAGUCAAUUGCAGCAUUGACUACAUAGACUUCGAGGGCCGGAGCGAUGGGGAAUCGAUCCGCCAGCUGGUUCAAAUGAUGAAACCGAAGAGGCUGGUCAUCGUUCGCGGGGGCGAUGAAGCCAACACCGCGGCGUUUUAUGAUUAUUGCGUGAACUCUGGAUGUGUGCAAGAUAAUCGUGUUUUUGCUCCGAAAGCACAUGAGGUGGUCGAUGCCACCACCGAGUCUCACAUUUAUCAGGUGAAGUUGAAAGAGUCCUUGCUCGCGAGACUGCGUUUCCGCAAAGCUAAGAAUGCGGAACUCGCUUGGUUGGAUGCGGAGAUCGCCGAGCCGGAAGAAGACAACGAUCUAGUCGGCAAGGGCGACGAAGAAACCAAAGAAAAGUUGAUGGUUCUCCAGCCGUUGGGUGACUCGAACCGAGUCGUCGCUCCUCAUAAUCCCCUCUUCAUCAACGAUCUGAAGCUGUCUGAUUUCAAGCAGGUUCUCGUCAAGAGCGGAAUCAGUGCUGAGUUUUCUGGAGGCGUCUUGUACUGCAACAACUGCAGUGUUGCUGUGAAACGCAACGAGACGGGUCGCCUCAGUGUCGAGGGUGCUCUCACCGAUGAUUACUUCAGGAUUCGCGAGCUUCUUUAUGAUCAGUACGCGAUACUCUGAGUGAGAUGUGGUCGCCAUUAUUGCCUCUACAAACCAGGGAGAGCAUUGAGAUCUCGUGGGCUCAUCUUCCCCGCUCAUGAAUAUCAUCGAAAUAAAUUGUUCGAUUUCUAU